AUGGCUGGUCCCGCGUGGAUCUCCAAGGUCUCUCGGCUGCUGGGGGCGCUGCACAACCAGAAACAGGUGACCCGAGGGUUCGCUGGUGGUGUUCAGACGGUAACUUUAAUUCCCGGGGAUGGCAUCGGCCCAGAGAUCUCGGCGGCCGUUAUGAAGAUUUUUGAUGCUGCCAAGGCGCCCAUUCAGUGGGAGGAGCGGAAUGUCACCGCCAUCCAGGGACCCGGAGGAAAGUGGAUGAUCCCUCCAGAAGCCAAAGAGUCCAUGGAUAAGAACAAGAUGGGCUUGAAAGGCCCUUUAAAGACCCCAAUAGCAGCUGGUCACCCAUCUAUGAAUUUAUUGCUGCGUAAGACCUUUGACCUUUAUGCAAACGUGCGGCCGUGUGUGUCCAUCGAGGGCUAUAAAACCCCUUACACCGACGUAAACAUUGUCACCAUCCGAGAGAACACAGAAGGAGAAUACAGUGGCAUUGAGCAUGUGAUCGUGGAUGGGGUUGUGCAGAGUAUCAAGCUCAUCACCGAGGAGGCCAGCCGGCGCAUCGCCGAGUUCGCCUUUGCGUACGCCCGCAACAAUCACCGCAGCAACGUCACGGCCGUGCACAAGGCCAACAUCAUGCGGAUGUCAGAUGGGCUUUUUCUGCAAAAAUGCAGGGAAGUUGCUGAAAACUGUAAAGAUAUUAAAUUUAACGAGAUGUACCUUGAUACGGUGUGUCUGAACAUGGUCCAAGACCCGUCCCAGUUUGACGUUCUCGUUAUGCCGAAUUUGUAUGGAGACAUCCUCAGUGACCUGUGCGCGGGAUUGAUUGGCGGUCUUGGUGUGACACCAAGUGGCAACAUCGGAGCCAACGGGGUCGCCAUCUUCGAGUCGGUUCACGGCACCGCCCCGGACAUCGCGGGCAAGGACAUGGCCAACCCCACGGCCCUCCUGCUCAGCGCCGUGAUGAUGCUGCGCCACAUGGGACUCUCCGACCACGCCGCCAGGGUCGAGGCUGCGUGUUUUGCCACAAUUAAGGAUGGGAAGAGCUUGACAAAAGAUCUAGGAGGCAAUGCCAAGUGCUCAGACUUCACGGAGGAAAUCUGUCGUCGAGUUCGAGAUUUGGAUUGAAGCUCCUGCGCGUGGAGCCCGCGUCCGUCACGCGCACCACAUCACGCACACAUGCGGUUUGCUUCUUUCCUGACAGUACAUUUCUAGAUCCGGCCUUUUCUCAACCAGAUCUCUGUGGAGGGUGCA